AUGCAUCCCAACACACAUGCAGUCGAACUGACCCAUCCGGCUUCCAGCAGCACCUCUUCGUUGCCAAACUGUCCCACCGUUCACCACUCUCCCGAAAAGUCCACUAUAACCGUCGAUGCUGAAAAACAAGUCAACCCAUGGGAUAGCUACGAAGAGGAUGAAAUGCCCGAAGAGACUCAGCCGCACCUCGCUUUCUCUAUUUACCGCCGCCUAUUCUCAGUCGCAGUCUUAACGAACAUGGGUAUCUUCAUUUCGUAUGCAAUCCGCAGCUAUGAGAUUGCACUGGUCGUGGUGGCGAAUAUCUUUUUCGCUAUUCUCAUGAGGCAGGGACGCGUUAUAAACUCAAUUGCGUGCUCUGUUCCCCAAUCACUGCUGCGAGAGUGUAUCAUAAUGGAGGCAACCAUUCGGGAGCUGCUGCUGUUUGAGGGACAUUUUUGCCGAUAUUUUGGCCAUCCAAGUGACCAGGGAACUUGUUCACAGCAAACGGGAUCAAAUGCCAUGAUGUAUUCGGUCCAUGGAGUGGACGGCAACUGCAUUGGUGUGGUCGCAGGUGCAUUUGUGCCUCAUUCAGCCAUCUACGUCGUCGUCCUCACGAAUGAUUACAAGGGCGACAAGUCCCUCGGACACGCGCUGGUGCACUCUGCUCCGUGGCUCACUAUGGUCCUGAGCUGGUCCAUGAUUCUUCCGUGGACGAAACUGCAAAAGGUUCCUGCCCGUAGUGGUGUCCUCUCCAAUCGUGCCGUCCAUCUCUUCUUCGACUACUACGGUCGGCCACAUCCAGUUCCAGGCUCGUUCCAGUGGUUCUCCACAGAUCCGCUGAAUGAAUGGCAUAGUUUUGCCACCAUUGCUGCUCCCGGAGUGACGGGAUAUUUAAUCAUUAUGUCUGAAGCAGCUCUUCUGGAUGGCGCCGAAUACGUGAACAACAUUCGAGACCUGCUGGUCGAUGAUAUAUUAGCGAUAUGGUGGAUGAAUACAAGCCAGAAUAAACUGACGGAGAAGAAGGUUAUAUAUGGUCUCCGGAAUCGAGGUAUCCUUGCGUUCAGGGCGGUUUUCGACUCAUAG